AUGCGGACCACCUCUUUGGCUCUAUGGGCCGCCGCCCUUGGCCUAAUGUCGAUUGUUUCCGCCCAGGAUGAGCUUCCCAAGCGCCCUAAGGUUGAGCCCGCUCCGUUCAACACCGGAAAGGCCAUGCCAUUUUCGCCUCCCAGAGACAAAGACCGCUAUUGCUACGUUAAGCCGAGCUGCACCGAGGGCAAGGACGACGCGCCGAAGAUCCUCAAAGCCUUCAAGGAAUGCAACGACGGCGGCACGGUGGUGUUCGACAAGACCUACCUCAUUAGCUCGCCGUUGGAUCUCACCUUCUUGAAGCACAUUGACGUAGUAAUUACCGGCGACAUCCAGUUCAAUGAUGACCCCCUCUACUGGGCCGAGAACAGUUUCAAGUUCGCUUUCCAGAACCAGUCAGUCUUUUGGAAGUUUGGCGGCGAGGAUAUCAACAUCUAUGGUGAUCUUGGGAACGAUAAAUCUGUCAUUGAUGGUCGCGGUCAGGCAUACUGGGAGGCCAUUCAGACCAACAGUAGUCUCUUGAGGCCCAUGUUGUUCUCUUUCGACGGAGCGAAGGGGGCGACAAUGUCACACCUUCGGAUGCGCAACCCUCCCAACUGGUUCAACCUGAUUGCGAACAGCACCGAUGUCAUUAUCAGUGAUAUGGAUCUUAAAGCCCAGAGUCAAAAUGGUGUCAAGAUCGCCAACUCGGAUGGUUGGGAUACCUAUCGGUCCGAUCGCAUUGUGAUUCAGAACUCAGUCAUUAUCAACACAGACGCAAAACUCCCGUUGAUACCGCGUGAACUGACCUCGGUGGCUUAUGCAGACUGUGUGUCAUUCAAACCAAACAGCACCAAUGUUGUCGUCCAGAACCUGGAUUGCACUGGCUCACACGGCAUGAGCGUUGGCUCCCUGGGCCAGUACAAGGGCGAGACCGAUAUCGUCGAGAACCUCUACAUAUAUAACACAACUAUGGCCAACGCUAGCGAUGCCGCUCGCAUCAAAGUCUGGCCUGGUAUUGAGACUGCUUUCCAGACACUCCUGAAUGGUGGAGGUGGUCUCGGGCGUGUCAGAAACGUCACGUAUGACCUCUUCAAGAAUAUCAACAACGAUCGGGCCAUUACGAUUACGCAAUGUUACGGCCAAAAGAACCAAACACUCUGCGAAGAGUUCCCGGCCAACCUUACAAUUUCUGACAUCACUCUGAAGAACAUAUACGGCACGGUUUCAACCAAGCUAGACCCGCAAGCCGGAAGCCUUGUUUGUAGUGCCGCAGACCGUUGCAGCAACAUCCGCGCCGAGAACGUCACAGUCACGGUGCCAAGCGGGAAGCCACCUGUGUACGAAUGCAAAAACCUGGACAAGAACUUGCUCCAGAUCAACUGCACGUCCGGAACAGAUGGAGAUCGUGAUACCACCAAUGGAUAG